UCAUGUCAGCAUUCCUGAGAAGUUUAUGAAGCCACACUGUCUGCCCCACCGAUGGUGUAAAUCACAAAGGCAUCCGAACAGAUAUAAAUCCCUGGACGUUUCUGAGAGGAGGAAAGAAGAAGCUUGUGCAAAAGCAGUGCUGAGGACAGAAAGUCGACUUGCAGGCGGAAAGCAGAAACACAACAGUGCCCAUUAAAUCAUGACCGAAGUGUCUACGUGGAAAGACAGUGAAAUCAGACGUGAAGACUCUAUCAUGGGCGCUGGUCAAAAGGAUGACAAGGGCAACUUUGCACCUGAGCCGCUAUCUCCCACUGGCUGCCACAAGUUCCCCUCUGCCUCGUCGCACGGCCCCAAAGAAAUCUGGAAGAAAGGAGGACGUGUCUUCUCCGUUCUGCUCGCCAUCAAUUUGGUCCUGCUGGCCUGCACCCUGGUCAGCGGUGGGGCCUUCAAAAAUGUGCCCCUUCAUGACUAUGACGUCUUUUUCAUGCUCACCAUUGUGAUGCUGAUCACCACUGCCUGGAUGCUCUUCUACAUCUUCAGCACCUCCAGGCGGCAGGAAGCCAUCCCUUGCAAAGACCGCCAUGCAGGGCCCAUCUGGCUAAGAGGAGGUUUGGUCCUGUUUGCAAUCCUCACGCUGGUGAUGGACGUAUUUAAGACGGGAUAUUACUCCAGCUUCUUCCACUGCCUGUCAGUCAUCAAAAUCAUGUACCCAAUUGUGCAGGCGGUGUUCGUGAUCGUCCAGACAUACUUCCUCUGGGUGUCUGCCAGAGAUUGUAUACACGUACAUCUGGAUCUUACCAGAUGUGGCUUGAUGCUCACCUUGACCACCAAUCUCGCAGUGUGGAUGUCGGCUGUCACAGAUGAGUCAGUGCAUAAGGCUGAAACCAAGAACCCAAAUGCAAAUGGCACACAGGCACACAGAAUGGCUGGGUUAAAGGCCGCCUCGUCGCAUAGCUGUCACUGCGGAAGUCCUCUCUGCCAGAUCUUCCAGAACGGCUAUUUUUGGCUCUACCCCUUCAACAUCGAGUACAGCCUCUUUGCUUCUGCCAUGGUCUAUGUCAUGUGGAAGAACGUCGGACGCCUCAUCGACAGCCACGCCAACCAUACGCACCACCGCAAGUUCAAGCUUUUCAAAAAGACGUACUUCUUGGGCUUCAUCAUGGGUCUCCUGGUCCUGGUGACGGGCAUAGCGGUCCUGAUCGUGUAUGAGGUGCAGGUGAAUUCGAAGGACAAACCCCAAAUGAAGAACAAACAGGUACUCGGUAUGUAUUACAUCUUCAACAUCAUUUGCCUGAGCCUGAUGUCCGUGGUCUCCAUUGGAAGCUCCAUUGUGUAUCGCUAUGACAAAAGGGACAUGGACCGUCACAAGAACCCAACUAGAACGUUGGACGUUGCUUUAUUGAUGGGUGCAGCCUUGGGACAAUAUGCCAUUUCCUACUACUCUAUUGUGGCCACAGUGGCCAGUUCACCACGGGACACUAUCAAUGCCCUCAACUUGAGCUAUGCCUUGCUGAUGAUUGCCCAGCACACUUUCCAGAACAUCUUUAUCAUUGAAGGCCUCCACCGGCAACCCCCAGAAGAGGAACACAAAGUUGACUCUCAGCAGAGGGACAUCUAUGGACUCACUUUUGUCAACAUAAAUGUCCUCUCCCUCCGCGUCCCUGAGAGCGAAAAUGCUUUGUCAUCCACAACACCCCCAGAAGGAGCAAUUCAGGCCCAUUCUGAAGUAACGCAGUCAGUAGCGAUCCCCAAGAAAGUGAAUUGGAGGAGAAGAUUCUUAAAGGAGAGCUCAAUGUUCCUGCUCAUGUGUAACAUAAUUCUCUGGAUCAUGCCAGCGUUUGGCGCCCGGCCACAGUUUGAUAACGACACAGAGCUCAAAUUCUAUGGAAACCCCAUGUGGGCUGCCAUUGUGGACAUCUGCCUGCCCUUUGGCAUCUUCUACAGGAUGCAUGCAGUAGCUAGCCUGCUGGAGGUUUACAUCAUGUCUUAAAUGGGAAAAAUGAAGAAUUUGUUAGAAGAACCCACGUUUCUCACAUCUCCCAGGAAAGAAAUCCUGAACUGCUGCACUGAGGGGGUUUGAGCUUUACUUGGGUGUCAGGCCCUACUGCUUAGUGGACAUUACUCAGUAGUACUGGCAAAAGCCCAAA